AUGGCAUCGUUAGGGCGUUCUGUUGUGGUGUCGUUAGCAGUUUUGAGGCGAAAUCUGAGUGUUUCAAGUAAAGUUUUGAAAGGACAUUCGAAAUGGCAGAAUAUUAAAGCAACAAAGGGUAAAAUGGACUUGUUAAAGUCACAAACAACGAAUAUGUUAUUGCGGAAAGUAAAGUCAGCAGUUCAAAAAGGCGGUUUCGAUCUGAAAUUGAACAGAGAAUUGAGUACACUUCAGCAGCAAUUUCGUGCCUCAGGUCUAUCACUGGACACAUUCAACAAUUAUCUUCUGAAACUUAAGGAUAAACCAGAAGUGACAUGUUAUUUCGAUAUCAUUGGUCCGUCAGGAUCAUUUUUCGUUAUUGAAACCGAAACGGAUAGUAAGCCGAGAAUGCAACAAACAAUCGCUAAGUAUAUGAAUAAGGUUGGCAUUGGAUUCCGAUUCGCAUCUGACAGUGGAAUCAGACGAAGUUUCGAAGAAAAGGGUGUCAUUCAAGUAGCCCCUUCAAAAGCCACCACUCCAGUAGAUCUGGAACAGAUGGAAGAAGUGGGUAUUGAAUUGGAUUGUGAAGAUAUUUCAUUGGUCGAGGAUGACGGCAGCAGACACUUUGAGUUGAUCUGUGAUAUUAAGAGUUUACAAAAUGUUGAGCAGAAAUUAUCCUCUCAAGGUUACGAUGUGUUGUCAGCUGAAUUAAGUUUACGACCGUUGCACACCGUAACGAUUAACGAACAAGAUUUGGUCAAGGUUGAGAAAUUUUACAGUUUCCUGCAAGAAGACGAUUCAGUUAAGCAAAUCUUUGACAAUAUUGAGCCUGAAGCGGUCAUUUCAAGGAGUUCCUGA